CUCAUCCAUUGCCCUCCACUCAAUGCAUUUCUCCUCAAUUCAAUCUUCAACUUAUUAUAACCUUCUCUUUCGGUUGUUUAAUAAGUCGAGUUUGGGUUGGCCAUGAUUGAGUUCUCGGGGCUUAUUCUUCAGAUACCUUAAAUCAUCCCACUUCUUUCUGCCCUUGAGGCUUCUUCUUAAUACCAGUUUCCUUUACUUCCAUUUAAACAACAUCGCCCCAUGCGCUCCUGGCUCCACGCCCUCAUCUUCCCUUGAAAGCUUCCGUUCCUUUUGCUCAACAUAAUACGACACUAACUUACCUCACUACCGACAACACUUUUGCCGCUGCAUAGCCCUCAAAUCUGGUUCGCUGUCAAUUCUCCGGCCUCCAACUCUAGGCUGUCGCUCAUCGCGGCACUGCCCGACCCAACAUGGCCGAUCACGAUGACCAUCCGCCCAUGAGGCGUCGCGCGUAUGUGACUGAGGCAGAGGCUUAAGGGGCCUCCAGUGAUCCAAAACCUUAUCAACCGCUGAAUCCAUGCUGAUGAAUAUCCCAGUCCGACCAUCACCAUUGAUACCACCGCUGUCAACCCUAAUAUUUCUACCGAACCGCCCCAAGAGUCACAUCCUUCCAACAUGCAAGACGACGCAGUCAGCCCUACAACAAUAUCCGACCCUGUAUCGACCAGCGGCAUGUCGCAACGACCUUCGAGACCCGAAUUGGACACAUCCUUGGCCUUUGAGAAUCGAGAUAGCAGACCGACAAGUCCUCACAAUGUCUCGAGCCCAGUAACAUCAAGAUCAGGUGAACGCGGUGUGGGAUUCCUAUCUGUGCCUAUGAACCACCGAUCACGACAAAACUCAGUCGACUCUGACGACAUGUCUCGAUCUGUUUCUUCCCAAGGCGAUACUACUGUUGUGGCCUCCAACUCGACACAGACAGAUACGCUGAAAGGCUCCGAAUACGACCACAAGAAGAUUACCAACGACGAGAGCGCUUUGAAGCCAGAUGCAGGCACAGAGCAAGACUUCGAGGUGGAAAACAACCCCUUUGCCUUUACACCUGGCCAGAUGAACAAGAUGUUCAACCCCAAGAGUCUUCCGGCUUUUUAUAUGUUGGGUGGCAUUGAUGGUAUCGAGAAGGGUUUAAGAUCUGAUCGAAAAGCCGGAUUGAGUAUGGAUGAGAAGACUCUGACAGGCAAGGUCUCAUUCGAGGAUGCAACAUCUAAGAAACAGAUGCCCCGCAAAGAUCAUGCUGCGGCGCAAACAGGAGCUGGUUUUGCCGACCGACUACGUGUUUUCAAGGACAACAGGUUACCGGAGAAGAAAGGCAAGAGCCUUCUGGAGCUUAUGUGGAUUACCUAUAACGACAAGGUUUUGAUUCUGCUAUCAAUCGCUGCAGUAGUCAGUCUUGCAGUGGGCCUAUAUCAAACCUUUGGCCAAAAGCACGAGGCGGGCGAGCCCAAGGUCGAGUGGGUUGAAGGCGUUGCGAUUAUUGUCGCCAUCGCCAUCGUCGUCAUCGUCGGCUCUUUGAACGAUUACCAAAAGGAACGCCAAUUCACGAAACUGAACAAAAAGAAACAGGACCGUCUAGUCAAGGUGAUUCGAUCAGGAAAGACGAUAGAACUCUCUGUCUUCGACAUCUUGGCCGGCGAUGUGAUUCACAUUGAGCCCGGUGACUUGGUACCAGUCGACGGAGUUCUGAUCGAGGGCUUCAAUGUCAAAUGUGACGAAUCUCAGGCCACAGGUGAAUCAGACAUUAUUAGAAAGCAGGCUUCUGAGGUUGUCUACAACGCCAUCGAGAACCAUGACGACCUCAAGAAGAUGGAUCCUUUCAUCCAGUCUGGCGCUCGCAUCAUGGAAGGUGUUGGCACUUAUAUGGCUACCUCAGUUGGUGUUUACUCUUCAUACGGCAAAACUCUCAUGUCUCUGAACGAGGAUCCUGAGAUGACCCCUCUACAGGCGAAGCUGAAUGUCAUCGCUACCUACAUCGCCAAGCUCGGUAGUGCCGCUGGUCUCGUGCUCUUUAUUGCUCUCUUCAUCAAGUUCCUUGCUGGACUACCGACUUCUGAUGAUACACCCGCUGAAAAAGGACAGCAAUUCCUCAACAUCUUCAUUGUUGUCGUUACUAUUAUUGUGGUUGCUGUUCCUGAAGGAUUACCUCUCGCUGUUACCCUGGCUUUGGCUUUUGCGACAACCCGAAUGCUUCGGGAUGCCAACCUUGUGCGGCACCUCAAGGCAUGUGAAGUCAUGGGAAAUGCCUCUACUAUUUGCUCUGACAAGACUGGCACUUUGACUCAAAACAAGAUGCAGGUUGUGUCGGGAACUAUUGGAACAAGUCUCCGUUUCGGUGGCGCAUCCUCAGGAGAUGCCAGCGGCGCCUCUACCCCAGUGGAUACUAGUGGUGAUAUUGGUAUUUCCGAGUUUGCCAGGAUGCUCAGCAAACCUAUGAAGGAACUUCUCCUCAAGUCUAUUGCACUCAACUCCACCGCUUUCGAAGGAGAGGUAGACGGAGAAAAGACCUUCAUUGGUUCCAAGACUGAGACUGCCCUACUCAUUCUCGCCAAGUCUCAUCUUGGCAUGGGUCCUGUGAGCGAGGAGCGUGAGAACGCCAAGGUUUUGCAGCUCAUUCCUUUCGACUCCGGCCGCAAGUGCAUGGGUAUUGUUACUCAGGGUCCCAACGGCAGCGCACGUCUCUACAUCAAGGGCGCAUCCGAAAUCAUCCUCUCCAAGUGUACUCAAGUAAUUGGUGACCCAGCCAAUGACGACUCUCUUGCUCCUAUGUCCGAUGAUAAUGUCAGCACUGUUCAGCAGCUCAUCGAGAGCUAUGCCAAAAGGUCACUCCGAACCAUCGGCAUUUGCUACAAGGACUUCUCCUCAUGGCCACCCAAGAAUGUUGGCCGUGUCGAUGGCGGCAACGAAGUUGUCUUUGAUGACAUUUUCUCCGACAUGGCUUUUAUUGGCGUCGUCGGCAUCCAAGAUCCUCUUCGGGAAGGUGUCCCAGAAGCUGUCAAGCUCUGCCAGCAGGCUGGUGUUGUCGUUCGCAUGGUUACCGGUGACAACAAAAUCACAGCCGAGGCCAUUGCAAAGGAGUGCGGCAUCAUUCAGCCUAACUCUAUUGUUAUGGAGGGACCUGAGUUCCGCAACCUUUCUAAGCUGGAGCAAGAGGAGAUUAUCCCCCGCUUGCAUGUUUUGGCACGCUCAUCCCCCGAAGACAAGCGUAUUCUUGUGAAGAGACUCAAGGACAAGAACGAGACAGUUGCUGUUACCGGCGACGGUACCAAUGACGCCCCAGCUCUCAAGAUGGCCGACGUCGGCUUCUCCAUGGGUAUCUCUGGUACUGAGGUCGCCAAGGAAGCUUCAGCCAUUAUUUUGAUGGAUGACAACUUCACCAGCAUUGUCAAAGCUCUGAAAUGGGGUCGUGCAGUCAAUGAUGCAGUCAAGCGAUUCCUUCAGUUCCAGCUCACCGUCAACAUCACUGCCGUCAUCCUCACAUUCGUUACAGCUGUCUCUAAUAACGAAGAGUCGUCUGUGCUGACCGCCGUGCAACUGCUCUGGGUCAACCUCAUCAUGGAUACACUUGCUGCCCUCGCCCUUGCCACCGAUCCUCCCCACGACAGUGUUCUGGACCGAAAGCCCGAGGCCAAGGGAUCCAGUAUUAUAUCUGUCACCAUGUGGAAGAUGAUUCUUGGUCAGUCUAUUUAUCAACUUGCCAUUACCUUUGUCCUCUACUACCACGGCCCAAUUGUGUCACUAAGCCCGGCACCGGAAAAAGAGGAAAUCAAGACGCUGGUUUUCAAUACUUUUGUCUGGAUGCAGAUUUUCAACCAAUGGAAUAACCGUCGUCUGGACAACAAGUUCAACAUCUUCGAAGGCCUUACCAAGAACUGGUUCUUUAUCGGUAUCAGUGCUAUCAUGUGUGGUGGUCAGAUCCUGAUCAUUUUCGUUGGCGGCGAAGCCUUCCAGAUUGCGAAGAAGAAGCAGAGUGGCGAGCUCUGGGCCAUGGCCAUCGUUCUCGGCUUUCUCUCUAUCCCAGUCGGUGUCAUCAUUCGCCUCAUUCCUGACCAUUUCCUUGAGGCUUUGGUUCCCGAGUUCCUUAAGCAACGUGCUAAGAACGUGCCUGGUCUUACGGUAUCCGAUGAGGAGAUGAGCAUGUACCCCGAGCCGUUGGCGGACGUCCGCGACGAGCUCAACUUCAUACGGCGCAUGAAGGGUGGGCGAUUGAACAACCUCAAAUUUGCAAUCCAGCAUCCCAAGGAGGCGGUUGAGAUGGUCAGGUCUAGAAGUCCGUCUCAUUCUCGAUCCAACUCUCUCAACGCACCGCAAACGCCAAUCCAGGAGAAUCCAUUUGACGGGUCGCCGAUUGGGACACCAAACUCAGGCAGGAGGCCUAGAUCGACGAGGUCACGGUCUAAUUCUGCGCUGGGAGCUCCUACGGUGAUGGCAGGUAUCGUGGCAGCAGGUGUAGCGGCGGGCUGGCAACCAAAGAUGCGGCCAGACAAUGACGGAGAUCACAGUGACUCACCGAGGUAGUCGCUGUACUGCGGAUUGGCUUGAACAUCGAGUGCGUGCGAGGUAUUUUUUAUUCUAGUAUUGCUUUGGGUACUGAUAGAAUUGGUUAGCAAGGAAUCAACAUGAGAAGAGUUUGAGCGAUUGAACAACAAUAAAAGGCCUUUGUAAAAAUUAAACGAUAGUUGGAUUAAGCAAGUGACCGGAAAGAAAGCCAUGGCAUCAAAUACCAUACAACUAAAAGAUUUACUAGGCGGCAAAAUCUACCCGAUAAAUGUGGCGGCAACUAAAAUGGUGGAUGAUUCAGUAGAUGGUCAUAGAUUAAAGACUAGGUAAGGUAUCUAGGUAAUUAAAAGAAGGAUUACCCUACUCGAAGCUGACAGGAUCAUAACAUGUAGAAUGAGUACUCGGAAGACAAAGAUGGAAUGGGAUUGUAUCAAGGGCGCCAACGCUCAGUAGAGCAGUCUGACAUAAGAUCCAGGUCAGGAUAGAAACAUCUUUAUGUAAAAGAACAAGGCAUAUAUGGCCGCAUUGCAACAUCGGCAGCUGGUAGGCAGGCAGGCAGUCCGAGACAGAAGAUGAACUGUAAAAAGUUUAAGGGAAUUCAGGAAAAGCCAAAGUGCGAAGGGGACAAGUGAAGUUGGCUGCAUGGAUGUCUGCCACAUGAUGCGACAUGCGUAUGAGAUGAGGAGAUGACAGGGACAGUAGAGAAUAGAGGAGGGUAAAGGUGUAAAACACUAAGUUAUUUUAGAAUAGAGGGAAUACCGAGCAACUUAAGGUAGAAAGAGGUUCCUAAUAGAACGUCAGUUGCUAAGGGUGUUUCUCGAG